GUUACCAGGCAGCGGGCUAGAGUGAGGCUAGUUACCACGUCAGUGAGCUGACAGGGAAGGUAGCCGGCUCCACCGCCCGUCCAGGCCGACUCAUCACGGCGGACUGUGCGGUCUCACCCGGACUUCGUCCUCAACUCCCAGGAAACGGGCUCCUUCCCUUCUCCCAUCUGCCACCAGAGUCGGGAGAGCUGCUCGGAGACGCUUCCGAGGCCCGGGCUGGACAUGAGCAGCGGCUGCCAGUCCUGGGACUAGGCCCCGCCAUUUUGGAUCCGCUGACAGGUUUGCCAGGAUGGUGGAUAAGAAUAUUUACAUCAUUCAAGGGGAGAUUAACAUUGUGGUUGGGGCCAUCAAACGAAAUGCCAGAUGGAGCACCCAUACACCAUUGGAUGAAGAACGGGAUCCUCUGCUGCAUAGUUUUGGUCAUCUAAAGGAGGUUUUAAAUAAUAUAACAGAACUCUCAGAAAUUGAGCCCAAUGUAUUCCUUCGGCCAUUUCUGGAAGUGAUUCGCUCUGAAGAUACCACUGGCCCUAUCACUGGACUGGCACUCACCUCUGUCAACAAGUUCCUGUCCUAUGCGCUCAUAGAUCCCACUCAUGAUGGCACAGCAGAGGGCAUGGAGAACAUGGCAGAUGCUGUCACCCAUGCUCGUUUUGUAGGCACGGAUCCUGCCAGUGAUGAGGUUGUCCUGAUGAAAAUCCUUCAGGUCCUACGGACUCUGUUGCUGACCCCAGUGGGUGCCCACCUAACCAAUGAAUCCGUGUGUGAGAUUAUGCAGUCUUGCUUCCGGAUCUGCUUUGAAAUGAGGCUCAGUGAGUUAUUGAGAAAAUCCGCAGAGCACACUCUCGUAGACAUGGUGCAGCUGCUCUUCACAAGGUUACCUCAGUUUAAAGAAGAACCCAAGAACUAUGUGGGGACCAACAUGAAGAAGAUUUCUCCAUGUCUCCUCAACAAACUGGAGCUAAGUAGUGGGGAGCAGACCAAAGCCCUGAACCAGUUAGAGAGGGUACUACUCUUUAAGAACCUCAAGCUGAAAAUGAGAGCAGGAGGCAUGAGUGAUUCAUCCAAGUGGAAGAAACAGAAGCGAUCCCCUCGGCCUCCACGCCAUAUGACCAAAGUCACAACAGGUUCAGAGCUGCCCACUCCCAAUGGAACCACCUCAUCCUCUAACCUCGCUGGUGGCAUGCCCUUCAUUGAUGUGCCCACUCCUAUCUCCUCUACAAGUUCAGAAGCUACGUCAGCAGUGGUCAGCCCCUCUACAGACAGUGGCCUGGAAUUCUCCUCCCAGACUACCUCUAAGGAAGAUCUCACUGACCUAGAGCAACUUGGCUCUGCAGGGUACAGCACAGCCACAGAGCCUGGGAGCAGUGAGCUAGGGGUUCCCGAACAGCCUGACCCCCAGGAAGGGGCCCAUGUGGAAAAGGCCCAGUCAGCAUCCGUGGAAUCUAUCCCUGAAGUAUUAGAGGAAUGCACGUCCCCUGCCGACCACUCUGAUUCUGCCUCUGUCCAUGACAUGGACUACGUCAAUCCUCGGGGUGUGCGCUUUACACAAUCUUCCCAGAAAGAAGGCACAGCUUUGGUCCCGUAUGGUCUUCCCUGCAUCCGAGAGCUCUUCCGCUUCCUCAUCUCCCUUACCAAUCCACAUGACCGCCACAACUCAGAGGUUAUGAUCCACAUGGGGCUGCAUUUGCUGACAGUGGCCCUUGAAUCAGCCCCUGUGUCCCAGUGCCAGACCCUCUUGGGCCUCAUCAAGGAUGAGAUGUGUCGCCAUUUAUUCCAGCUCCUGAAUGUGGAGCGACUGAAUCUUUAUGCUGCUUCUCUGCGAGUAUGCUUCCUAUUAUUUGAGAGCAUGCGGGAGCACCUCAAGUUCCAAAUGGAGAUGUACAUCAAAAAGCUCAUGGAGAUCAUCACUGUGGAGAACCCCAAGAUGCCUUACGAGAUGAAGGAGAUGGCACUGGAAGCUAUUGUGCAGCUCUGGCGCAUCCCCAGCUUUGUCACCGAGCUCUACAUCAACUAUGAUUGUGACUACUACUGUUCCAACCUCUUUGAGGACCUCACCAAGCUGCUGUCCAAGAAUGCCUUCCCUGUGUCUGGUCAGCUCUAUACAACACAUCUACUAUCUCUUGAUGCCCUAUUGACAGUGAUUGACAGCACUGAGGCCCACUGCCAGGCCAAAGUCCUCAACAACCUGAACCAGCAGGAGAAGAAAGACACAGCCAGAUCCAGCUAUGAGACAGUAGAUGGCACCCGAGAAGCUAGCAAUACUGAGAGAGCAACCAGCGAUGGGAAAGCUAUAGGCAUAGCCCCAGACAUCCCAGGCCUGCAUCUGCCAGGUGGAGGACGGCUGCUGCCAGAACAUGGGAAGCCAGGAUGCAAUGAUCUGGAAGAAGCUGGUGACUCUGGGGCUGACAAAAAGUUUACCCGGAAACCACCUCGAUUUUCUUGUCUCCUGCCAGAUCCACGGGAACUAAUUGAAAUUAAGAACAAAAAGAAGCUGCUAAUCACUGGCACAGAGCAGUUCAACCAGAAACCAAAGAAGGGAAUCCAGUUUCUGCAAGAGAAAGGCCUCCUCACCAUCCCAAUGGACAACACAGAGGUAGCCCAGUGGCUCCGAGAGAAUCCUCGGCUGGACAAGAAAAUGAUUGGAGAGUUUGUGAGUGACCGCAAAAACAUUGACCUGUUGGAGAGCUUUGUAAGCACCUUCAGUUUUCAGGGUCUGCGGCUGGAUGAAGCUCUCCGCCUCUACUUGGAAGCCUUCCGUUUGCCUGGGGAAGCACCAGUCAUACAGAGGUUGCUGGAGGCAUUCACAGAGCAUUGGAGGAAUUGUAAUGGCUCCCCAUUUGCCAAUAGUGAUGCCUGCUUUGCUCUGGCCUAUGCUGUCAUCAUGCUUAAUACUGAUCAGCACAACCACAAUGUUCGCAAACAGAAUGCACCCAUGACCCUGGAGGAGUUUCGAAAAAACCUAAAAGGUGUGAAUGGAGGCAAGGACUUUGAGCAAGACAUCCUGGAAGACAUGUACCAUGCCAUCAAGAAUGAGGAAAUUGUGAUGCCAGAGGAGCAGACAGGCUUGGUUCGGGAGAACUAUGUGUGGAAUGUGUUACUUCAUCGAGGUGCAACCCCUGAGGGCAUAUUCCUGCGUGUGCCUACUGGCAGUUAUGAUCUUGACCUCUUCACCAUGACCUGGGGCCCCACUAUUGCUGCUCUGUCUUAUGUCUUUGACAAAAGCCUUGAGGAGACAAUCAUCCAGAAAGCCAUCUCAGGCUUCAGGAAGUGCGCCAUGAUCUCUGCCCACUACGGCCUCAGCGAUGUGUUUGACAAUCUCAUCAUCUCUCUGUGCAAAUUCACAGCUCUCAGCAGUGAGUCUAUCGAGAACCUACCCAGUGUAUUUGGAAGUAACCCUAAGGCCCACAUUGCAGCCAAGACAGUAUUCCAUUUGGCCCAUCGUCAUGGUGACAUCCUGCGGGAGGGCUGGAAGAACAUCAUGGAGGCCAUGCUGCAGCUCUUCCGAGCCCAACUAUUGCCCAAGGCUAUGGUGGAGGUAGAAGAUUUUGUGGAUCCCAAUGGCAAGAUCUCUCUACAGCGGGAGGAGACACCAUCAAACCGAGGAGAAUCAACAGUGCUGAGCUUCGUGAGCUGGCUGACAUUGAGUGGUCCUGAGCAGUCUAGUGUGCGGGGCCCAUCCACUGAGAACCAAGAGGCCAAGAGAGUAGCCUUAGAGUGCAUUAAGCAAUGUGACCCAGAGAAAAUGAUCACAGAGAGCAAGUUCCUCCAGCUGGAGUCACUGCAGGAGCUCAUGAAGGCUCUGGUCUCAGUAACACCAGAUGAAGAGACAUAUGAUGAGGAAGAUGCUGCUUUCUGCCUGGAAAUGCUGCUAAGGAUUGUGUUGGAGAACAGGGACCGUGUGGGCUGUGUGUGGCAGACUAUUCGAGACCAUCUAUACCACCUCUGUGUCCAGGCACAGGAUUUCUGCUUUCUUGUGGAGCGGGCAGUGGUAGGGCUGCUGCGCCUAGCCAUCCGGCUACUCCGGAGAGAAGAGAUCAGUGGCCAGGUACUGCUCUCCCUGCGCAUUUUGCUACUGAUGAAACCCAGCGUGCUGUCCCGAGUCAGCCACCAGGUUGCAUAUGGGCUCCAUGAACUUCUUAAGACUAAUGCUGCCAACAUCCACUCAGGCGAUGACUGGGCCACCCUCUUCACGCUGCUGGAGUGCAUUGGCUCAGGCGUGAAGCCUCCAGCUGCUCUGCAGGCCACAGCCAGGGCUGAUGCACCUGAUGCCGGGGCCCAGUCAGACAGUGAGCUCCCAUCCUACCAUCAAAAUGAUGUGAGCCUGGACCGAGGGUACACUUCUGACUCAGAGGUCUACACUGACCAUGGCAGGCCUGGCAAGAUGCACCGAUCGGCCACAGAUGCCGACGUAGUCAACAGCGGUUGGUUAGUGGUGGGGAAGGAUGAUAUUGAUAACUCCAAGCCAGGGCCAGGGCCCAGCCGGCCAGGCCCUUCACCCCUGAUCAAUCAGUACAGCCUAACAGUGGGACUGGACCUGGGGCCACACGACACUAAGUCCCUGCUUAAAUGUGUGGAAUCACUGUCCUUCAUCGUGCGUGACGCUGCCCACAUCACACCUGACAACUUUGAGCUCUGCGUCAAGACUCUCCGCAUCUUUGUGGAGGCCAGUCUGAAUGGCGGGUGUAAGUCCCAGGAGAAACGUGGCAAAAGUCACAAAUAUGAUAGCAAAGGGAACCGAUUCAAGAAGAAAUCCAAGGAGGGCUCAAUGCUUCGGCGGCCUCGAACCUCUACCCAACAUACCACUCGGGGCGGCCACAGUGAUGAUGAUGAGGAUGAAGGUGUGCCUGCCAGCUACCAUACGGUGUCUUUACAGGUCAGUCAGGACUUGCUAGAUCUGAUGCACACCCUGCACACGAGGGCGGCCUCUAUCUACAGCUCAUGGGCAGAGGAGCAGCGCCACCUGGAGACAGGUGGCCGGAGAAUCGAAGCGGAUUCACGUACCCUCUGGGCCCACUGCUGGUGCCCUUUACUGCAGGGCAUUGCCUGCUUAUGCUGUGAUGCCCGGCGCCAGGUGCGGAUGCAGGCACUGACCUAUCUGCAGCGAGCACUACUGGUACAUGAUCUGCAAAAGCUAGAUGCCCUGGAAUGGGAGUCCUGUUUUAACAAGGUGCUGUUUCCUCUACUGACCAAGCUCUUGGAGAACAUUAGCCCUGCAGAUGUGGGUGGGAUGGAGGAGACCCGGAUGAGGGCCUCCACACUGCUCUCUAAGGUCUUCCUGCAGCACCUGUCUCCACUGCUGUCACUCUCUACCUUUGCGGCCCUCUGGCUCACCAUCUUGGACUUCAUGGACAAGUACAUGCAUGCAGGCUCCAGUGAUUUACUGUCAGAGGCCAUCCCCGAGUCUCUGAAGAAUAUGCUCUUGGUGAUGGACACAGCAGAGAUUUUCCACAGUGCAGAUGCACGAGGAGGUAGUCCCUCAGCCCUCUGGGAGAUCACCUGGGAGCGCAUUGACUGUUUUCUGCCCCACCUACGUGAUGAGCUCUUCAAGCAGACCGUCAUCCAGGACUCCGUGCCCGUGGAGCCUCACAGCCAAAAACCUAUGGCCUCAGCCCACCUGACUCCUGCUGCUGGUGACACCAAGACACCUGGCCAUCCACCUCCCCCAGAGACACCUUCUGAGCUAGGGGCCUGUGACUUUGAGAAGCCUGAAAGCCCCCGGGCUACCAGCAGCAGCUCCCCAGGGUCACCAGUGGCCUCUAGCCCCAGCAGGCUGAGUCCCAGCCCAGAUGGGCCUCCGCCCCUGGCUCAGCCCCCACUGAUCCUGCAGCCCUUGGCCUCCCCACUGCAAGUGGGCGUGCCACCCAUGACUCUACCUAUCAUCCUUAACCCUGCACUCAUUGAGGCCACCUCACCAGUGCCCCUCCUGGCCACACCACGCCCCACAGACCCCAUACCCACCUCUGAGGUCAACUAAGGCAGAUCCCUCAGAGAUCAGGACCAGUGCUUCCCACCAGGCUAUUCCUGGUCCCCCUUCCGGCUGUCCCAGGGGCCACAAACUCUUCAGACCCAGUCCAAGCUGCUGUCACUGCCACUUGGACGGGGACCUGAAAAAGAGAACUUAGAUAGCCCCUGUGGAGACACCCCAAACAGACUGUGGGACCCUCUUCUUCUGCUCUCCAUUCCUGGGGGUCCAACCUGAGAGUGCACUCAGGUAUCACCUGUAGACUCUGCCUCCAGCCUGGCAGUUCUGGGGAGGCAUCACUCUGCCAACCCUGCAGUGCCUGCCUGUGUGCCCCUCCUGCCUGUGGUCAGGCAUUGAGAGCCACGCCCAACCACUCUGCACUUUUUUUCCCUCUGCCUUCCCAUGCCCAUCAGCCCUGGGCCACCUCCUCCAGUUCUUCCUCUUUUACUAAUUAGUGGGUCAAUUUGGAGAGUUGACUGGCACCAUGGAGGGUGGGCAGGUGGGGCUGGAUGGGGGACUGCCCACAGGAGCAUGUACAUAUGGAAAAACAAGACAACAGUGGACUUUUUAUGAUAUAAUAAAUGUCUUAGUAUAACAUCA